GUUUCAAAUCAAAUGAAACAGAGAACAAACCACUAGCAAGAUGGUAUGGUGACAAUACAGACACCAAAACUACAAAUAUAAAUCAGGAGCUAUUAACAUGGAAGUAAAUUCAAUACCAAUAUAUCUCUUUUUUGUCAUUUUUUCUUGUUCAACUAUUCUUGAAGCUUCCAUUAAUGGGGAUGAACCAAGAUUCAGUCAACAACAACAACCAAUCAUUAGAUCAGAUUUCCCAUCUGGGUUUCUGUUUGGAGCAGCUACUUCUGCUUAUCAAAUUGAAGGUGCAUAUCUUGAAGAUGGAAAGUCUCUCACCAAUUGGGAUUGUUUCUGUCAUUCCAAACCUGAAGAGUGUGGAGAAAAUGGUGAUAAUGGAGAUGUUGCAGAUGAUCACUACCAUCUGUUCAUGAAAGAUAUUGAGUUGAUGCAUUCUCUUGGCAUAAAAGCAUAUCGGUUUUCGAUUUCUUGGGCUAGAAUUCUUCCAAGGGGAAGAUUUGGUGAAGUUAAUCCUCUAGGGAUAGUGUUCUACAACAAUAUCAUAGAUAAUCUUGUACUAAAAGGAAUCGAGCCAUUUGUAACAAUUCACCAUGAAGAUUUCCCUCAAGAACUCGAAGAUAAAUACGGGUCUUGGCUUGACCCACAAAUGCAGGACGAUUUCGUACAUUUUGCAGAAACUUGUUUCAAGAAUUUCGGAGACCGUGUAAAAUACUGGAUUACAAUCAAUGAACCGAAUUUGGUUUCUGAAUUUGCUUACGAAAAAGGGGUGUAUCCACCUGGUCGUUGCUCACAGCCGUUUGGCAACUGUCUAGCUGGAAAUUCUGAUGUCGAGCCCCUUUUUGUUAUGCACAACAUGUUAUUGGCCCAUGGCAAGGCCGCAAAGCUUUAUCGUGAACAAUAUCAGCCUAAACAAGGGGGAUCAGUAGGACUUGUGGCACACUGCUUCAUGUAUGAACCGAUUACCGAUAGUGAAUUAGAUCGCAAAGCUGCCGAAAGGGCCAUGAUCUUUAAUAUUGGCUGGUCAUUUGAUCCGCCGAUAUUUGGUGAUUACCCUCAAGAAAUGCGUGAAUAUCAUGGAAACGAAUUACCAAGAUUCACCCAAGAGGAAAAGGAUAUGAUGAAGAACAGUAUUGAUUUCAUUGGAAUAAACCAUUAUUCAGCUAUAUAUGCCAAAGACUGCACUAAUUCUAGCUGCUCAGAGAGUGCUAAUCGCGUAAUUAAAGGUUUUGUGGAAAUUACCGGAGAGCGUGACGGUGUGCUAAUCGGUGAUCCGACAUCAAUGCCGAGGUUUUUUGUGGUUCCGAGAGGAAUGGAAGAGAUUGUUAAUUAUGUUAAGACUAGGUACAAUAAUACACCCAUGUUUGUAACCGAAAACGGUUAUUCUUCACCAAACGUGCAGGAUGUACAAGUUGAAGAGAUUUUAAAUGACGUCAAGCGAAUUGAAUUCCAUCAGGCGUACCUUGCUUCUUUAGCUUCAGCCAUAACUAAUGGAGCUGAUGUUCGUGGCUAUUUUGUAUGGUCGUUGAUGGAUAACUACGAAUGGGCACAAGGGUACAAUGUAAGAUUCGGGUUGCACUAUGUUGACCGUCAAACAUUUGACCGAAUACCCAAAUUGUCAGCAAGAUGGUAUCAAGGUUUUUUAAAAAACAACAGCCUGAUUGAUCUUCCAGAAUCAGUUCACCAGCAAGCAGAUAUUUAUAAUCUUUGAUUUGCACAUACCAUUAUUUGAAUUUUGUUACAAAUUGUUACGCGUAUAAACGUAUUCAUAUACACACAUUACUGUCUUUAUUUAUACACACAGAUGUAUUUUUAUAUAAAA